AGCUCUCCUCGCCGGGCGCCCCGCGUCCAGCCUCCUCGCCAGGAUGCGCAGCGCCCAGGCGGGGCGCUCGCUGGCCGACACGGUGGCGCUGGUGACGGCCUCCACCGAAGGAAUCGGCUUGGCCAUUGCACGCCGGCUGGCCCAAGACGGGGCCCAUGUGCUGGUGAGUAGCCGCAAGCAGGCCAACGUGGACCGAACAGUGGCCGAGCUGCAGGCCGAGAAACUCAGCGUGUCAGGGUUGGUGUGCCACGUGGGGAAGGCAGAAGACAGGCAGCGCCUCGUGGACACGGCACUUGAGCGCUACGGGGGAAUUGAUAUUUUGGUCACCAACGCAGCCGUGAACCCGUUUUUUGGAAGCAUCUUGGAUGUCCCGGAAAACGUCUGGGACAAGAUAUUGGAUAUCAACGUAAAAGCCACCGCCUUGCUGGUCAAUCUGGUAGUCCCUCACAUGGAGAAGAGGGGAAGCGGCUCCAUUGUUAUCGUAUCGUCUAUUGCUGGAUAUACGCCACUUCCAGGCCUAGGGCCUUACAACGUCAGCAAGACAGCUCUCUUGGGCUUGACUCACAACCUCGCCAUUGAACUGGCUUCCCGCAAUAUCCGCGUCAACUGUCUGGCGCCCGGCCUGAUCCGCACGAAAUUCAGCUCGGCCUUAUGGCAGGAUGAAAACUCAGAGGCCAGAAUACUGGAAGCCCUGCGGAUAAAGAGGAUUGGAGUCCCAUCUGACUGCUCUGGCAUCGUCUCUUUCCUUUGCUCUGCGGACGCCGACUACAUCACGGGGGAGACGUUUGUGGUGGCUGGUGGGGCCCCAUCCCGUCUCUGAUCAGGGGGUCGUGAUGUCUUCCUGUUCAGCUAUGAUGAUGGAGAGAUGAUUGUCCAAUGGUGCCCCAGAAAUAAGAAGUAGGGUUAAUUGGGGGGGGGGUGUCACAGGAACUCACAGAUGAUUGUUGCUGGAUCAGCUUGCUUCAAGGGAGACGGAGGUUCGCUCUCCUGAGAAGAGGUGGUGGAGAAAAAAAAAGUGCCAUUCUUCUAACUUGUUGGGGUCUCAUUUCGGGUUUUAUGUGCAAAGAAAUGAGGUCAUUGAGUGCGGCUGAGUUUUAGGAAUUCCUUUUCACACAUGCAUGGAGACCCCGUGUGCACUCUUGCUUUGGAUCGAGCUCUGGGUCCUGUUGAGUGAAAGGUGGCGUAUCGGGGGGGGGGGGCCAUCUUGGUUUCUCCAACUUCACACCUUUGGGUUGAUGGGACGUGGGAGGGUUCCCCAAUGCUUCAUGGCCUUCCCUAUGAAAUUAGGAGGGGAUCUUUCCAGGGGGGACUUCUGUGGGGACCCCUGGUGGAACCGUGUUGGAAAAAGGGGAGCAAGAUCUGGAGGACUCGAUCCCAGAUUGGGGGAACGGCUGUGACAAGGAUCUGGGGAGAAGGGAGAUUUGGGGGGGGAUUUGGGGUGGUGCUCAUUCUCUGCCUUCAGUGCCUUGUGGCUUUUAAUUCAAAUAAAGAUACCUUUUGAAUCGCCAA